CAUUAUGUUUGUCGCGCUACCAGUUCUGGUACAAGGAUUGCUAAUCCUGAUUCCUCAUUGCAAAGCAGAGACUAAUGAAGACAAAAUAGCUGCCAUGUUAAACCGACUGGUAGUUGUAGAGAAGAAGGUUGAACAAGUUGAAAAAGAAAAUGAGGCACUUAAAAAAGAAAACAAAAGAAUAAACGAGAAGCUGGAAACUUGUCAGUGUACAAACUCCCAAACGGAUAUCGACAUUGACAAAGUUGUUGGAGCAGAUCUAGAGGAAGUCAAAUAUACCAAUCAAAAUAAAUUGAAUCUAACAAGUAGUCCACCACCAGUACUUAUUCAACACAUGAAGACGUUGACUUUCCAUGACCAACGGAGGAAUAUUAGAAAGCGGUUAUUACUUGGAAGUAAGUAG